ACAGCCGACAGCAGGAGGACGAGACUGUUGAGGAAUACGACAAAGACGCCCCACAAAUGAAGCCAAAUAUAGUCAGCUGGCCGGGAGCCAUUAGGACAAGUGAGUUUGACUCUUCAUCGGAAGAGGAGGAGGUUGGAGAGGAGCAGCUGACCCCUUUUCAAGUUUCCUGGUUACCUCUGUCCAUGGUGGAGUGCUCGCAAUUUCUUGGGAUAUGUGCACUACCAGGUUGCAAAUACAAGGACAUCCGCAGGAGUCUGGAAAGGGAUGUUGAUGAGCUCCAAAACCAAGGGGUGCAGGACGUGUUUGUUUUCUGCACCAGAGGAGAGCUCAACAAGUACCGGGUGCCCUCCCUGCUGGAGGUCUACCGGCAGCGGGGCUUCACGGUGCACCACACGCCGUUCCCCGACGGAGACGCUCCGGAGCUGCCGCAGUGCUGCCAGAUCCUCGAGGAGCUGCAGGUCGGCCUCGAGAACAACAGGAGGUCUGUGAUCCACUGCUAUGGAGGCCUGGGGCGCUCCGGAUUAAUCGCUGCCUGCCUGCUGCUCCUGCUCUCUCUCACGAUGACGGCAAACAAAGCCAUCGAAAUCCUGCGGGAGCACCGCGGAGGAGGAGCCAUCCAGACCGUGAAGCAAUACAACUUCCUCCACGAGUUUCGGGAAAAGUACGCGACGUACCUUGAGAGCCGAGAGGCUUCCAUCGAGCGCUCGGUGUCCCGGUGAUCACGCCCCCCCCCCCGUGUGUGUGCGAUAUGUAAUGGUAUUCUCUAAUGUCUGCACUUUAACGGAAUACUCUGAAUAUAUUGCUUUGUUUUCGUCUUAGAAUCCAAUUAUAGACUUGAGGAAGUUCCUCUUGGCAAAUUUACAUGUUGGCAUUAAUAUUACAUAAGUGUUGGAAUUGCUGAAGAUGUCAACUGGGAAAAGGUCUCCUGCUCUGUGUAUGUGUGUUUAUGUCCAUCGAGUCUUUCCUCUCACGCUGUAGCAGCAUUAAUCACGACUUUUCUGCUCCAUUAGUUCUCAUAACACCGUUUAUUAGCGACUCUACCAGCACGGUAAAUAAGAAUAUGUAUUUAUGCCACUCGUGAACAUGAGCUAAAACAACAUUCCAGUCCAUUAUAACAGUGGGAGAGUUUUAUUUAGAUUCAAAUAAACUAAAGUUGUUUCCUAGAUGCGGAAUGAUGGAAUCUAAUACAUUAAAAAUGUUGAUGUUAUCUGUGACAAAUUACCAAUCGCUUUCCCUGAUAAAUAUACACUUAAAUGGCAAUAAAUACUCUGGUGUUUAUGAACA